AUAUUAUAUAUUUUUGUUUACUUAAAAGUCCUCUGCAGCUGUCACACUCUUUCUUCUUCCACUUCAUUUUACUUCUGUUCCUGUUUUUCUUCGAAACCCACUUCUUCAAAUUCGAAGAUUUUCUCUUUUGCUUCUUUGGUUUUCUGUCUAAGACACAGUUCUCUGUGUAUAUCUGUGCCUCAGUAAUUGAACAAAUGCUUCAACCAUUUUCAGAGGUACAUAUAAUGGCUUAGUUGAGGUAAACAAGGUGGCUUGAGUUGAUAUUUAUUGGGGUCUAGAGAUGUCAAGUAGAAGGGGGUCUGAUCAGCCACCGCCUAGGCGGAUUUUGCGGACUCAGACUGCCGGAAAUUUAGGAGAGCCAAUCUUGGAUAGUGAGGUGGUGCCUUCUUCCUUGGUCGAGAUUGCUCCAAUUCUUCGUGUGGCUAAUGAAGUUGAGUCUAGCAACGCAAGAGUUGCUUAUCUCUGUCGGUUUUAUGCCUUCGAAAAAGCUCACAGACUGGAUCCUACAUCUAGUGGACGUGGUGUUCGCCAAUUUAAAACUGCACUUCUUCAACGUCUAGAGAGGGAAAAUGAAACGACAUUGGCAGGAAGGGCGAAGAGUGAUGCUCGAGAAAUGCAGAGAUUUUAUCAGGAUUACUACAAAAAGUAUAUUCAAGCUUUGCAGAAUGCUGCUGAUAAACAUGACCGUGCCCAACUUACCAAAGCAUAUCAAACUGCUUCUGUCCUAUUUGAGGUUUUGAAGGCUGUAAAUCAGACUGAGGCUAUUGAAAUGUCUGAUGAGAUUUUGCAAGCUCACACUAAGGUCGAGGAGAAGAAACAGUUAUAUAAGCCUUAUAAUAUUCUUCCUCUUGAUCCAGAUAGUGAAAAUCAGGCUAUUAUGAGAUAUCCUGAGAUUCAAGCUAGUGUUUCUGCACUUCGUAACAUCAGGGGUUUGCCAUGGCCAAAGGACCACCAGAAGAAAGUAAAUGAAGACAUUCUAGACUGGCUUCAGGCCAUGUUUGGUUUUCAGAAAGAUAAUGUUGAGAAUCAAAGGGAGCACUUGAUUCUGUUGCUUGCAAAUGUGCACAUAAGACAAUUCCCAAAGCCUGAUCAGCAACCCAAGUUGGAUGAUCGUGCUCUGACAGAAGUGAUGAAGAAACUUUUUAAAAACUACAAAAGGUGGUGCAAGUAUUUGGAUCGCAAAAGUAGCCUUUGGUUACCAACAAUUCAACAAGAAGUGCAGCAGCGAAAAUUACUAUACAUGGGUUUAUAUCUUCUUAUAUGGGGAGAGGCUUCAAACUUGAGAUUCAUGCCAGAAUGCCUCUGCUAUAUUUAUCAUCAUAUGGCUUUUGAGUUGUAUGGAAUGCUGGCUGGAAGUAUUAGUCCAAUGACUGGUGAGCCUGUAAAGCCAGUCUAUGGUGGUGAUGAUGAGGCUUUUCUAAAGAAAGUGGUAACUCCAAUAUAUGAGACAAUAGCAAAGGAAGCUAAAAGGAACAAAGGAGGAAAAGCAAAGCAUUCUCAGUGGAGAAAUUAUGAUGAUUUAAAUGAAUACUUCUGGUCAGUUGAUUGUUUUCGGCUAGGUUGGCCUAUGCGUGCUGAUGCUGAUUUCUUUUGCCAACCUCCGGAAAAGCUUCGAGCUGACAAAAAGGAUGAUGAGAAACCUUAUACUGGUGAUCGAUGGAUUGGGAAAACUUAUUUUGUUGAAAUACGCUCAUUUUGGCAUAUCUUUAGAAGUUUUGAUAGAAUGUGGAGCUUUUAUAUUUUGUGUUUACAGGCGAUGAUCAUCCUUGCUUCGAAUGGGUCAGGGAAAUUAAGUUCCGUAUUUGAGGGUGAUGUUUUCAAGAAGGUGUUGAGUAUCUUCAUAACUGCUGCAAUAUUGAAGCUUGUACAAGCUGUCCUUGAUAUAGUCCUGAGCUGGAAAGCAAGGCAGAGCAUGUCAUUACAUGUCAAGCUAAGAUACAUUUUGAAGGCUGUUUCUUCUGCAGCAUGGGUCAUACUUUUACCAGUAGCAUAUGCCUAUAGUUGGAAAAAUCCUCCGGGGUUUGCACAGACCAUUAAGAGUUGGUUUGGAAACAGUCCAAGUUCACCAUCUUUGUUCAUUUUGGCUGUCCUCAUUUACUUAUCUCCAAACAUGCUCUGCACAGUGUUGUUUCUGUUCCCAUUCAUUCGCCGAUUUCUUGAAGGAUCAAACUAUAAGGUUGUGAUGCUCAUGAUGUGGUGGUCUCAGCCUCGGCUCUAUGUUGGAAGGGCAAUGCAUGAGAGCACGAUUUCUCUUAUCAAGUACACUGUGUUUUGGGUUCUCCUGAUUGUAUCAAAAUUAGCAUUCAGUUACUACAUAGAGAUUAGGCCUCUUGUGGCUCCAACAAGACAAAUAAUGCAAGCUACUGUGAGAACAUUUCAGUGGCAUGAGUUCUUCCCUCAAGCCAAGAACAACAUUGGUGUUGUGAUUGCAAUUUGGUCUCCAAUAAUUAUUGUCUACUUUAUGGAUACUCAGAUUUGGUAUGCUAUCUUCUCCACGAUAUUUGGGGGUCUAUAUGGUGCAUUUCGCCGUCUUGGAGAGAUUCGAACAUUGGUAAUGCUGAGGUCUCGAUUCGAAUCACUGCCAGGUGCUUUUAAUGCCUGCUUAAUUCCAGUGGAAAGGAAUGAGAAAACAAAGAAGAAGGGACUGAAGGCCACUUUCUCUAGCAAAUUUGAUGAGGUUCCAUCUGAUAAAGGGAAGAAUGCAGCACAGUUUGCUCAGUUGUGGAACAGAAUAAUCAGUAGUUUUAGAGAGGAGGAUCUAAUAACUAACUGGGAAAUGGACCUGUUGCUUGUUCCAUACUGGGCAAGUGGUCUGGAUCUUAUCCAAUGGCCUCCAUUUUUACUUGCUAGCAAGAUUCCAGUAGCAUUGGAUAUGGCUAAAGACAGCAACCAAAGAGACAAUGAGUUGAAGAAGAGAUUGAAAAAAGAUCAUUACAUGACUUCUGCUGUUUGCGAGUGCUAUGCUUCAUUUAAAAAUAUAAUAAACUCUUUGGUUCUUGGAAAACGUGAAAAAGAGAUUAUAAAUGAAAUUUUCUUGAAGGUUGACAAUCACAUAGAAAACGAAGAUUUGAUAAAGGAAUUGAAUUUGAGUGCCCUCCCUAGCCUCUAUGAACAAUUUAUUACGCUCAUUAAAUAUUUGUUAGAGAAUAAAAAGGAGGACAAGGAUCAGGUUGUAAUUGUCUUGCUCAACAUGCUAGAAAUUGUGACCAGAGACAUACUGGAAGAUGAGGUUAUCAGUUUGGUAGAGUCAAGUCAUGGUGGUGGUUAUCAUGGAAAAGAUGAGGGAAUGAAACCCCUUGAUCAACAAUAUCAGUUUUUUGGUGAACUUGGAUUUCCUGUUAAACGAGAAACAGAAGCUUGGAAGGAAAAAAUUAAAAGGCUUCAUCUACUGCUUACCGUAAAGGAGUCUGCUAUGGAUGUGCCAUCCAACUUGGAAGCUAGAAGACGUAUUUCUUUCUUCUCCAAUUCAUUAUUUAUGGAGAUGCCUCCUGCACCCAAAGUUCGAAAUAUGCUUUCUUUCUCUGUCCUAACUCCUUACUAUAUAGAGGAUGUUCUUUUCUCCAUAAACGACCUGGAAAAGCUAAUUGAAGAGGAUGGAGUUACAAUACUUUUUUAUUUGCAAAAGAUAUUUCCAGAUGAAUGGAAAAAUUUUCUAGAACGGGUCAAGUGUAGUAAUGAAGAAGAACUCAGAGGAAAUGAACAUGAAGAAGAACUCCGUUUAUGGGCAUCGUAUAGAGGCCAGACAUUGACCAGAACUGUUCGAGGCAUGAUGUAUUACCGGAAAGCUUUGGAACUUCAGGCCUUUCUGGAUAUGGCAAAGGAUGAAGAUCUAAUGAAAGGCUACAAGGCUGCUGUAUUAGAUAUUGAGGAAAACUCAAAGAGUGAAAGGUCAUUAUGGUCACAAUGUCAAGCAUUAGCCGACUUGAAGUUUACAUAUGUGGUGUCAUGCCAGCAGUAUGGCAUUGACAAACGCUCUGGUCAUCCUCGUGCCAAAGACAUUUUGAGGCUUAUGACAAAGUACCCAUCUCUUCGGGUAGCUUACAUUGACGAAGUUGAAGAACCUUGUAAAGAUAAUUCCAAAAAAACUGUUCAAAAGGUCUAUUAUUCAGCUCUUGUAAAGGCUGCUCCACCAACAAAGUCAAUUGAUUCAUCUGAGCCAGUACAAAAUUUGGACCAGGUUAUUUAUCGGAUAAAGCUUCCUGGGGAUGCAAAAUUGGGUGAGGGCAAGCCAGAAAAUCAAAAUCAUGCCAUUAUUUUUACACGUGGGGAAGGCUUGCAAACAAUAGAUAUGAAUCAGGAUAACUAUAUGGAAGAAGCCUUCAAAAUGAGGAACUUGCUUCAAGAAUUUCUUAAAAAACAUGAUGGUGUGAGACUUCCAACCAUCCUUGGACUUCGGGAGCAUAUAUUCACUGGCAGUGUCUCAUCUCUGGCAUGGUUUAUGUCAAAUCAGGAGAACAGUUUUGUAACUAUUGGGCAGCGACUGUUAGCUAGCCCUCUAAAAGUUCGGUUCCACUAUGGUCAUCCAGAUGUGUUUGAUAGACUGUUCCACAUUCCUAGAGGUGGUAUCAGCAAAGCUUCCAAAGGCAUCAACUUAAGCGAGGACAUAUUUGCAGGUUUCAAUUCUACAUUACGUGAAGGCAAUGUUACUCAUCAUGAAUAUAUACAAGUUGGUAAGGGGAGGGAUGUUGGCCUUCAACAGAUCUCAAUGUUUGAGGCAAAGAUAGCUAAUGGAAAUGGUGAGCAGACAUUGAGUCGUGACAUAUAUAGGCUUGGGCACCGAUUUGAUUUCUUCCGAAUGUUGUCAUGUUAUUUCACCACAGUUGGAUUCUAUUUCAGUACCUUGCUGACUGUGCUCACAGUCUAUGUGUUUCUCUAUGGCCGCCUUUAUCUUGUUCUCAGUGGACUUGAAGAGAGUCUGAGCACUCAACCUGGUAUUCGAGACAAUAAGCCUCUUCAAGUAGCUCUUGCUUCUCAAUCUAUUGUGCAAAUUGGAUUUCUGAUGUCCUUGCCUAUGAUGAUGGAAAUCGGUUUGGAAAGAGGCUUCCGUAGUGCAUUAACUGAUUUCAUAUUAAUGCAAUUACAGUUGGCUCCUGUCUUCUUCACAUUUUCUUUGGGAACAAAGACACACUAUUAUGGAAGGACAUUGUUUCAUGGGGGUGCACAAUAUAGAGGCACUGGUCGAGGUUUUGUAGUGGUCCAUGCUAAGUUUGCUGAGAACUACAGGCUCUAUUCUCGCAGCCAUUUUGUUAAGGGCAUUGAAUUGAUGAUUCUGCUUAUUGUGUACCAAUUAUUUAGCCAAUCAUUUAGAGGUGUAGUUUCAUAUGUUUUGAUCACUUUUUCAAUAUGGUUCAUGGUGGGGGCAUGGCUUUUUGCUCCUUUCCUCUUCAAUCCAUCAGGCUUUGAGUGGCAAAAGAUUGUUGAUGACUGGACAGAUUGGAAUAAAUGGAUAAGCAACCGUGGGGGGAUAGGUGUUCCUCCAGAAAAAAGUUGGGAAUCUUGGUGGGAAAAGGAACAAGAUCAUCUCCGAUAUUCUGGGAAGCGUGGUAUUAUUGUUGAGAUAUUGUUAUCAUUGCGCUUUUUCAUCUAUCAAUUCGGGCUUGUAUAUCAUUUGAACAUUACUAAGAGCAAAAGCUUUCUGGUUUAUGGAGUUUCAUGGCUUGUGAUCAUUUCAGUAUUGUUUUUGAUGAAGUUUGUGUCAGUUGGAAGGCGACGAUUAAGUGCAAACUUCCAGCUUCUCUUUCGAUUGAUCAAGGUUCUAAUUUCCCUGACAUUCCUUGGUGUUUUCAUUACCUUAAUAGCAGUUCCUCAUAUGACAGUUCGGGACAUCGUAGUGUGCAUUCUUGCAUUCAUGCCAACGGGUUGGGGAUUGCUCCAGAUUGCACAAGCUAGUAAGCCAUUGAUUGAAAGGACUGGAUUUUGGGGAUCAAUCAAGGCGCUUGCUCGUGGAUAUGAAAUAAUCAUGGGCUUGCUUCUGUUCACCCCAGUUGCAUUCUUGGCUUGGUUUCCAUUUGUUUCUGAAUUCCAAACACGAAUGCUCUUCAACCAAGCAUUCAGCAGAGGUUUACAGAUUUCCCGUAUUCUUGGCGGAAAGAGGAAGGAGCGCUCUGCUAACAACAAAGAGUAAAUGCAUUCCCAGCAACAGUUCCCUUAAUUUAGAAAAAAAAUAUCUUACUCUUCAGUGUUACUUUUACCCUUGCACAUCAUAUGGAAAAACCAUUUCAUUGAUGUGUUUGUAUAACAUGUCCCACUUGAUCAUGUAAAUCAAUGUCUCUUUUUAUUAGAAACUUGAGAAGAUAGCAAAUUAGCUAUUUGUAAAUUGUGCUAGCUAGCUACUUGGUUACGCUUAUUGGGCCUUGCAAUCAGUUUAAAGUUGACUAUGUAAGCAGCUUUCAUUGCAUGCCUUUUUCAGUAACCAUUCACAGGAAACUUCUUAUUUUGAGUUUUGUAAUUUUUAGAAUUUUCUAGAAUGUGGUUUUAUUUCCUUGAUUUUGGAUAUUAUUAAGAUUUUCUAGGCAAAUUCAAAUCCUUAUAUGGUAAUAUAUUAA